UUUCCUCCACUCUGCAGCGCAAGUUCAUAUUUGUACUACAGUACUUAAACACAUUUUUUAAGUUUAUUUUUACAUCUAAAUACGAAAGAAUUAUUGAACCAAGCUCAAUGGGUGAAUGUCGUUGAACAUUGCCCAUUUAGCAACAGUCUCCUUUUCAACAGUAACUGAGGAGAUCAAUUUGAUUACUUGUUAAAGAUCUCAAAAGAUCCCUUUAAACUGAAGGAUGUGAAAGAAGCGCAGUAUAGCAACCAGUACAACUAAACACGUCAAAUAGGUUUUCCAAGACAAAUUGCAAUUUAUACAAAAUUGAAUACAUAUUACACCAUUAGCUUCAACUUUGAGGCAGUCUAGGAUGUAAAGGAAUGGAUCCUACAUUGUCAGAAAAAUCUCAAAAUUUAUCCAAAAUGAGUUUCCUGUAUAGGAAUGAAGUUGCUUCUUAAUGUUGAAACAAGCUAGCUGUGGUGGCUCAGGCAUCCAAGAAAAGGUUGUGGUUGACUCCUUUGUCUCGAGGUUUUCCAUCACAUCUGACUAGAAGAAGAGCCAGGAGGGACCUAGAACUCGCUGUAGGGAUUACUUAUCUCUUUUGGCCUCUUUUGAAUGCUUAGCCUGCUGCUGCUGCCAGAUGAGACAAAACGGAUGAAUGAACCCCCAAUUAUGUGAUUAAAACUGUUUUACCUGUACACGCAAUAAUAUGGGUUUGAAGAUGAUUCCUGCUCAGACCAAAUUAGUCUAGGCUGUAAUCAAUAGAAGUAAUAGGGAUAGUUCUCCGCAGUGUAGGUCCUGUGGAGCUGAAAAUUACAAGCUUAGAUUCAGGCUUCAGAACUUUUUUUUUUUUAAACCCCUUUAACAAGUACAAUACAAAAACAUGCAAAUACAAUCUCACAUGUAGUUUAUGCUGCUUCAUUUUCAAUUUGUCAGUAAUCACAGACAGGAACUUUCAGACUUACUUAAAUGUUCUCUUCCACCAUUAUUCUUCAAGAGUAACUAUACUCCAGUGGAAUGGGUACAAAUCAAGUGUAGGAAUUGCUUUAGAUUUUGUAAAGAUGUUCUGUGGCAAUGCUGUUGGAACUGCUUGAUGCAAUGCUCUCUAUAUAAUGGUCAAACGGGGCCAAAAUGGGCAUAUCGUAAAAGCUGUUCUGCAAUAACUAUUGAAGCAGCCUGCAGGGAAACAUAUUCAAAUUUGCAGCCAACUUUGAAAGUCAAACUGCUUGUGUAGUGGUGCAAGUCAGCUGAUUACCCAAAUAUCUACACCACUGCAGAUGAUAAAACACUGACAUUCAACCAUGACCACUUGUUUAUCUGUCUUUUACAAAUAUCUGUCUAUCUGUCUUUCUUUUUUGAAUGAUUGUAGUCUACCUUUGGCACUUACUAAUCUAUAUCUAGUGAGCUUUUUGCUGGUCAGCUAUUGACUUUUAAACAUUAAAGCUGUUCCAGUUGGUAUACUAGCUUAUAUCCACCUGAGAAAGAUGUGACAUCAUGUUAAUAUCUUUACUGACAUGGCAGCUCAGUGUUCAGAUGCUUCACAAAGUCUACUGUGAUGAAUCUGGGUAAAUAAGAAAAAUAUAAAGAAUUAUUUAACCACAUGUACUUGGAGUCUUUCGAUAAAUUUGCCUCGACCUGUUGGGGUGAAGGGAGGACAGAGAAACAACCAACCAGAUGCUCUCAGGAACUGCAUUCACAGGUGUUACCUAUUAGCAAUCAGAUCAUUGAACCACUUGCAGCUGAGUUGGUAGAGUUAAGCUUCCUUUUAGCUUCUUCAUUCAAAAAAUGGACUAACCACUGGUGUUGGGGGCCAUGUGUUACUGAAGUUCAGCGAGGAUACACCAAACAAGUGCUUCACUUUAGCUUGUGUUGGUCAGCAGGGGUAGUUUGCUAGCAGCUCUGCUGGCUUUAGACACUGCCGACACAUCGCUGGCUAUGGCUUUUGACUUUAGCGCUUGGUGAGUGUUUUCAGCGGCAACUUGCAACAUAUAAAGACUCAUUUUAAAUCCAAUGUUUUGCCAUAAUCCUUUACAUUCCAGUAUGGCCUUGCUCUUGUCUGUGUGGUCAAUGGCAAGAAGUGAUCAAAUUCCAGAAGGUAAACAAAUGUCAGUUUAUACACCUGUGAUAAUUUACAAGUGAUUUGUGUUUAGAACUUGUUUGUUUCAGCAGGAGUUCUUCAUAUGGAGUGUCAUGAGCGUUACCUCAUGAUAGCUGUUGAUCUGUCCUUCGUUGGAAUGGAGCCUAGCUUUGACGCUAUCGACCAGACAGGCGUGUACACCAUCACUGAGCAGUAUGCAGCAAAGUGUGGCUACAGUGUUGGUGUUCAUCCUCUCCUGGGUCUGAUGGAGCUCAGAGCAUCUUACUUCAGCUGUCACACUGACAACAAAGAUGAUGUGUUUACUUUCCAUUUCAAUCUGAAUGCACACCACGAGGGAAAAAAGGUCACCCACGCAUUGAACAAGACCUGUUCUCCCUCUCUCCCCUGGUCUCCCAGAGAGGUUACAUGUGAGAUUAACUACAUGGAAGUGUCCGUGAGGGGUAAAAUUACCUGCACCUCUGGAACAAAGAAGGAUGACUGGAGUGCUGUCAAACCUGUGCUAGCACACAGCUCCACCACCUCAGACUGGCAGGUGAUGUUUCAAAGAGCAGGGGAGCAAAUGGCGCCUAUGAAACUGUCUCGGGCUCGGAAACAGGGCUAUGCUUUCGACUUGACAAAUGGAAGGCUUGUGUUUCGUGCACCGUAUGGGCAACCAGAGUCAUUUAGAACUGAGGUGAAUGGGGUUCCAAUAGAGAUGGUGCAUGCUACUGUGUUCUCCAGACAACACUGGACGGUCAUCAUGGUUGAUCUGGUGGCUGCUUGUUCCAUGUAUGAAGGCUCAUAUGACGAUAGCGGUUUUGUAAUGUGGAAGACUCCAGAGUUGCUGUACCCCAGCGUCAACAGCACACAGAUCAUUGUUGGACUCAGUGGUGAACGUGAUGAGCGGUCAGUUUCAGAGGAGAAAGGCUACAUUGUGGAAAGAGACAACGGCACAGUCCACAUCAGCAUCCCUUAUAAUGCUGAAGGAGGAUACAGGAAGAGUUUUGUCACGGGAGGCCUCUACGAGUUUUACAUCUUCCACCUGUACUUUGAGCAAAUCUUCGUGGAUGAUGAUCAUGUAGAGACAGUACUCCGAAUUCACAGGACUCUAGUCACUCCCCUGCUGCCCUGCCUGCUUUUCACUGACAACAAAACUGUUCUUGGAGAUCGAGUUUUCACCGUCUACCUUGGAAAUGUCCCUGAAGACAUUGUGUUGGCUUCUGUCCAGCUGAAUGGACAAGACUUCCAGUUGCCAUUUCUAAAUACAAGCAGCUACACUAUUAUACAAGCUGUUCAACCUAACAACACCCACAGCUACACUCUGAAGGUCCCCUUUGAUGAUCCCAUUGUCAUACAGCAGGUUUCCAAAGAAGAUGCAGGAAUUCAUUACAGGCUGGACAUCAAUUACACACUGCUUGUUGAGUUUUUAAAUGAACCUUAUUACCACUUGGCUUCCAUUGUGGCUUUGUCCACAGAUGUCUCUGCUCCAGCCUUCGAUGCAGCCUGUUCUGAGUCUGGGAUCAGUUUCAAGCUGGACCACCGGCCUUUCGACUACCUGUGGGAGAUCAGUGUUGGGACAGACCUGCUGACAUCAGAGCUGGCAGCCCAGUAUGGCUACAUCUUGAGCAAUGAUAGCCAGAGUCUGCUGCUCAAUGUGCCACUCUUUACUCAUGGGUAUCAAUACAAUGUAAGAUGUGGAAAUUCCUUUACAGACAUUAACUCCUCUUCUGGCAGGUUUAAUGUUCCGUAACAAUGCUUCGGAUAGUAAUUGACUAAUAUGUAUUUGUAGAAUGUUACUUUGAAGGGAUUCUUUGCUCUUUUUGAAAUCCUUGUGAGGAAUCAUGAAACAUCAGAGGUCCAGACUGCUGUGAAGACAUGUCCAUUCA